UAUUUAUUUCAGCUGUUUUCCAUGGAAGAAGAAGAAGAAGAAGAGGAGGAGUCUUAAAACGUUUUUUUUCUGUGUUAUCUUCUUCUUCUAAUUCUCUAUUUCCAUGUGGGUAUGUCAGCUAAAAGGAAAGUAAUAAGAGAGAGAGAGAGAGAGAGAAGGAAGAGAUAAAUGAGAAUGAAAUGAGAUGAGAUACCUUUUUUCCUUCCUCAGUGUAGAGUAAUCUUCAAAAACCAGCCUUUACAGCCUCACCCAUUUUGAGAGAUAUAUAUAUAUAUAUAUAUACUUAUCUGUAUGUAUUAUUCACUGUUUGCUUUUUGUUUUUUCUUUUUGUAUAACGCUUCAUCAAGUUGAAUUCUUCAGAUUAUUUUUGAAGCUGUCACUGUCUUGAGAGAAUGAACAGAUCAAAUCAGAGCUCUGACAAUUGGAUUUCGAUGAGUUUCUGAGAUGGGUUUCUCACUUUCUACUCUAAUCAGUUGAGGUUGUAAGAGUGGGCAACAACUGUUUGUUAAAAAGCGCCAGAGAGUCUCAUAUAGGGUUGAAUUGAGGUUUUUGGUGGUAAAAAUGAGAGAUUUCCCAUCUUGUUUUGGGGAAAAUGGGGUUCAAGUUGCUGAUUCUUCAUCAUCAAAUACCAGCAGGAACGCUCAGAAUUUGGUUACUUGUGUCUAUCAAUGCCGUAUCCGGGGCAGGACAUGCUUGAUUACAGUGACAUGGAGUAAGAAUUUAAUGGGUCAGGGUCUGAGUGUAGGGAUCGAUGAUUCUGCAAACCAGUGUCUUUGUAAGGUUGAGAUAAAGCCUUGGUUGUUCUCUAAGAGAAAAGGGUCUAAGAGUUUAGAAGCAUAUUCUUGCAAAAUUGACAUAUAUUGGGACCUUUCAUCAGCCAAAUUCGGAUCCGGGCCUGAACCACUUGAGGGGUUUUAUGUGGGUGUUAUUGUUGAUAAGCAAAUGGUUCUUCUUUUGGGGGAUUUGAGAAAAGAAGCUUUCAAGAAGACAAAUUCCAGUCCUGCUCCUUCCGCUGCUGUUCUUGUUGCAAAAAGAGAGCAUGUCUUUGGCAAGAGGGUGUUUGUGACCAAGGCACAGUUUUGUGAUAAUGGGAAAAUUCAUGAUCUCAUGAUUGAUUGUGACACAAUCAGUGUCAAUGAUCCGUGUCUCAUCAUUCGUGUGGAUGGGAAGACUCUGCUGCAGGUGAAGCGGCUUCGUUGGAAGUUCCGGGGAAAUCAUACCAUCUUGGUUGAUGGACUAGCCGUAGAAGUUUUCUGGGAUGUUCAUAAUUGGCUCUUUGGUGCAUCAUCAUCAGUUGGAAAUGCUGUUUUUAUGUUUAAGACAUGCCUCUCAGCUGAGAAAUUGUGGGCUAGCCAAUCUCUGUCCGACUCAAGUACAUUGCAAUGGUCUUUCUCGCAGAGAUUCCUAGAUAACAAGUCACAAAAUCUGGGGUUCUCGCUGAUUUUGUAUGCUUGGAAAAACGAAUAGAGAGAUUCAGAAAUUCUUCUUUAA